AUGGCGCCGAUAUCUUCCGUUGAGUACCUAUCGAACCCGCUGGUGACCUCGAAUCAACUCCUAGACCUCAAGAACUCCGAGCGCGACAAUGGCCUGUCGGUUCGAUUUGCCCAGGCUCAACUCACUUCUGCGGCCGGAAUCCUCCUGCGCCUGCCGCAAGAAGUCAUUGCGCAAGCCAUAGUCCUUCUCCAGCGGUUCUGGGUGUCGAGCAGACCCGAGGACCGUGAAGGCUUCAGCCCCAAGACAUUCUCGGCCGCAACCAUUUAUCUUGCCGCAAAGCUUUCCGCAACUCCAGUCGCCCCUCGCUCUGUGGUCAAUGUUUAUGCCUAUCUGACCUCAAAGGCCUCACCUCUUCUUUUCGUCAAUCCGCAGGGUGCGCCUACAGAUCCGGAUCCGGCAGAUUAUUAUGUUUCAGAAGGGACAUACGAAAGAGAGAGACAACGGCUAUUUGUCUGCGAGAGCGUGGUUCUUGUCGGCAUAGGGUUCGACACUCGUGUGGCUUUACCUUACAGUCUGGCCCUCACAUAUAUACAGGUGCUGGGAGUGUCAUCUGCAAGUCUGGCAAGGAGGGUCUUUGAACAUCUCAAUGCAGGAUUACUCUCUCCACAGCUACUGCACCUUACCCACCAGCCUCACGCUCUCGCCGUUGCCGCCAUCUACGUGGCAGCACGCGAGACUGGCAUCAAGUUGGUCGAACAGAACUGGUGGGAGGUUUUCGACGUUGACCGAGAGGACCUUGGAUUCCUGGUGCUUGCGUAUGGCAGUCUAGCAAACUUUGCAGAAGCCGAAGCGAAGAAGUGGAAAGGUAUAGCUCUGUCAUUGGACUGA